UGAGCGAAAAAGAUUAUUUUUUAUACAAUGAGGAAAACUCUGCACAAAAUUGAACACACGGUAAUUAUAUAAGUAUCAGAUUGAUGAUGAAGUCAAAAUUGGAUGUCAAACACAUAAAUGAAGUUGUGAAUGAAUAACAAUAAGCAAUAAAUUUCCUUGUAUUGUGCACCGGAUUGGAAUUUAUUACUCGUUUAAAAGUUAUUUUUAACUAUCUCGUUAAAACGUUAUCGAAUAACCAGCAGAAAUAAUUAGUCACUUGCAAAUUGUAACUCAAGAUCGUGUAAAGUUUGAGACGAUGGGGUUUGUGAAAACUGUGUUAAUAUUUUUGCUCACACUUGGAGCUGCAUACGUGACCUACGUAGUUCAUGACUUUUUGGCAGAUCAUCCCACGCCUCAUAUCGAGGAUGAAUUUUGGGGUCCCGGAUCCAAACCGGGCGUGAUUCCGGAGAAUGAAGACGCAACAAUUAAACCGUUCAAAGUGGAUUUUACUUCGAGUCUUAAAGAUUUGAAAUCAAGGUUGAAAUUGGAGUUGGAUUCGAACAGGUUUGCGACGCCGCUCGAGGGGGUUGGAUUUGGUUACGGGUUCAACACGAUUUAUCUGAAAAAGGUUUUGACCUACUGGAUGGAAAAGUAUGAUUUUGCUAAACGCGAAAAAUGGCUGAAUCGCCAUCCGCAUUUCAAAACCAAAAUUGGAGGUCUCGACAUUCACUUUCAACAUAUUAAACCCACGAAAACUGGAAAUUACAAGAAAACCGUGCCCAUCAUUUUCAUCCACGGAUGGCCAGGAAGCUUUGUAGAGUAUCAAAAAUUGAUUGACUAUUUCUUGGAACCCAAAAAUUCAGAGAUCAAUUUUGAGAUCGUGAUCCCGUCGUUACCAGGCUUCGGCUUUUCUCAAGCUGCCUCCCGCCCAGGAAUGAUUCCGGUCCGAAUUGCUAACAUUUUAGGGCGAUUAAUGAAACGACUCGGUUACGACAAAUAUUACACGUUGGGUGAAGAUUGGGGAAGUAUGAUCUCGACCGACAUGGGAAUUUUGUACCCUGAUCGCGUCGAAGGCGUCCAUUGUACUUGUUACUCCUUACACCCAAGACAUCUCCUAAUACAAUCCAUAGCUGGAAUUUUCUAUCCAUCCUCCAUAUUUAAAACUGAACGAUCAAAAUCCAGAUUCUACCCAAUGUCGAAGAUGUUAUCCUCCAGUCUCAGAGAAUCCGGUUACAUACACCUCCAAGCAACUAAACCUGACACAGUUGGAGUCGGACUAACCCAAUCUCCCAGCGGUCUGGCUGCUUACAUUUUAGAAAAAUUCUCCACCUGGACGAAUGAAUCUUUCAUGGACCAGGAUGACGGUGGAUUGGAGCACAAAUUCACAAUGGACGAGUUAUUAGACAACGUGAUGGUUUAUUGGGUUUCGAAGAGCAUAACCUCAUCUAUGCGAUUAUAUUUAGAAAACUUCACGGGUUUCCACACAAUGAAAGUGCCGGUCCUCGUCCCCGUUGGUUGCGUCUGGUUUCCCGAAGAUCUCGUACUUUUCAGUGAAAUAGGGAUAAGAGCAAAGUUUCAUAAGUUGGAACAAUUCACGAUGGCUGAAGAAGGAGGACAUUUCGCGUCCUAUGAAGUUCCUCACAUCGUUGGAAAAGAGGCGAUCAAGUUUUUUAACAAUGUUGACCUUGGUUAUAAAAAGGUGGAAUUGUAAACAAUUUAAGCAUUCAUUCCGGAUAUUACAAGAAGUAAUUCAUAAUUUGUUACCCAGAAAGUAUUUAGUUUAGUUUAACUUUAGUUUUCUUAAUUCGGACGUUAUGCAAUUUCAUACAUAAACAAUAGAAUUUCAGUGAAAGUAAUAUUACAAGGUCCAAUUGUCAAUUAUAUUAAAAAACAAAACAAUUACGUCAA